UCUAUGGCCAAGAUGGCUUUGCCUAGUUUGAGGUGUUUGGGCGGGAGAGAUUUUCUAUUUUAUUUCUAUCCCACACUGAUUGCCCUCUUCGUCGGGCUGAGUCCCACAUUUGCUACAAGUCCGUCACCGAAGGACAGCGGCUCAUCCUCUGGCUGCGGCUGUACCAGUCGCCGGGAAGCUGUUGGCCAUUUCCCUGAUACUCCAAGUGAUAGCAUCUCCUUGGCGAAACAGGCAGCUGCCAAAUACUCCAAGGAGGCCAACGUUGUAGGUCAAGAGAUCGCGGAGGACCACAGGCCACACCUAGAAAGGCGCACUAAUCAGAUGAUGUUAAUACCAGGUGGAGUGUUCACUAUGGGAACUGAUGACCCUGGAAUACCUCAGGAUGGAGAGGGCCCGGCCAGAAAAGUGCACGUUGAGCAGUUCUACAUGGAUACGUAUGAAGUCAGCAAUGCCGAAUUUGAGAGAUUUGUCAGAGCUACUAGCUACACCACAGAGGCAGAACUAUUUGGAGACUCCUUUGUCUUUGAGGGACUACUGAGUGAGAAGGUGAAGAGCACCAUUACCCAAGCUGUUGCAGCAGCUCCAUGGUGGCUCCCUGUUAAAGGAGCCAGUUGGAAACAUCCUGAAGGUCCUGAUUCCAACAUUACUAAGAGGAUGGAUCACCCAGCUGUACAUGUCUCUUGGAACAAUGCAAUGGCAUACUGUACUUGGGCAAGGAAACGGCUGCCCACUGAAGCUGAAUGGGAAUAUGCAUGUAGAGGAGGACUUGAGAACAGACUCUUUCCAUGGGGGAACAAGUUACAACCUAAGGGCCAGCACUACAUGAACAUCUGGCAGGGAGACUUCCCAUACCACAACACAGCAGAUGAUGGAUACGCCAACACUGCCCCUGUCACCACCUUUCCUCCCAAUGGUUAUGGUCUCUUCAACAUGGUUGGGAAUGCCUGGGAAUGGACGUCUGAUUGGUGGUCUGUACACCACACCACUGAUGAGUUAGAGAAUCCUAUGGGACCUCCCUCGGGACCAGACAAGGUGAAGAAGGGUGGAUCCUACAUGUGCCACAAGACCAGAAAUAUUCAUCAAUCCUACUCACCCAGCAGCUGCUAUCCCUGCACUCACAUCACAUCAUGGUUCAUGACGUCUCUCCGCUGCUGGUCUCGGUGCAGUCCUAUUGCUACAGAUAUCGUUGUGCUGCUCGCAGUCAGAACACACCAGACAGCUCUGCCUCCAACCUUGGUUUCCGCUGUGCUGCUGAUGUUCUGCCAGAUUACCUGAGGUGAGACUGAGCAAGCUGCUUCCUGGAGAGAGCCAACAAGAACCCAAGCAUCAAAGUAUUAGCCUUCCUAAGACUGGAAAGAAGCUGAAUACAUGUCAAGAGUGAACUUGCCCUUACAGCAAUCAGCAACCAGAGCUUCCUAGACUUCACCAAUAAGUUGAUGAAUAUCCCAGCCACUGAUUUCUGGGACCUUUGUAUUCAGAUGGUAUGAAUUUAAAGGCACAGACAGCACAGAGGCCUUGAAAUGUUUGUCCUUUUCACCAGUUUCAGCUGAUACUUUGAGACUCACUGAAGCAGGAUUCUGUCUUUGUUAAUGCUAAAAUAAAAUCAAUCCUCUUGCUUAAAAACAUCACCACACACACUGCAACAUGAAGUAACACAGUAAGGCUGAGCUGAACGCAUUGUUAGACCAAACUUUCAAGUCGAUGGCUAUAUAAGAUCAAAGUCUGCUCUUCAUCCAAUGAUGAUGUCAAAUGGCUUAAUGGAGGUUUGUUUUUUUUCAACAGUUUUAAAAUUUCUAUAGGUACACUUUACAUGGCAUAAGGUCAGUCUCAAGUACUGGAUUAAGAAGGGGCUGAAUUGUAUGGCAGAGCGCAUCUUUAUAUAAAUUAUAAUAUUGACAGCAUAUAUAAAAGAAAUAGCUUUUGUCUCUGUCGCACUUAUAACUUCCUUAGCAUUUCGCAAAGGACUUCACAGUCAAUGAGUUACUUUUUGAAGUGUAGCCAUUGUUGUAAUGUAGGGAAAUACAGCAGCCAAUUUUCAUGCAGCCAAGUCCCAUAAACAGCAAGUAAAUGAAUUACCACAUAAUCUGUUUUAUCUGUGUUGGUUCAGGGAUAUAUUAGGGCAACUCCCCUGACACUCUUCGAAUAAUGCUGUGGGAUCUUUUACAUUCAGCUGAGAAGGGAGAAUGGAGCGUCAGUUUAAUGUUUCACUUGAAAGCACCUCCAACUUCCACAGUAAUAUACUAGAGUGUCAGCCCAUAUUAUGUGCUGAAGUCUCUGGACUAGGCAUUAAACUCUCAAGCUUCUAAUUCAGAGGUGAAAGUGAGCUGCUGGUCACUGCUGCUGGCUAAUGCUUGUCAAGGUGCUAGAGAACUACAGGUACUUAUCUCCAGUACAACUCCCUACCACAGGAGAGGAAAGGGAAAAACUGGGAAGUAAAAUGUGUUUGGGCUUGGUUGGGUGGGUUGGGCUUCAUUUAAAAGGCAGGAAUGAAGUUGCAACCAUCAAGUUGGUUACUGACAUUACAAAUAGAAAUGAUAAAGGAGUACUCUAAUGAACCUGUCAUGUGGUCUCUCUUGGGACAGAAUGAUUUGAUGAACAGAAGCUGGUGUUGUUCCAAUCCACUGUCACUAGAUCUCAGUUCGUAUUCUUCACAAUAGUUUUGCAUUGAUAUUUGUAUUUACAUUGUAAAAUAGGAGCAUUAGGGGUUGUGGCACAAGUACUGUUAAUGCUACAAUAGAGAAUCCCUCGUGUGGUCACAUACUGAUGACUAUCAGUAUUUCAGUUUCGGUUUAAUCUGUUGUGUUAAAUACAUGUGCUUUGGAAUUAUCGGCAGCUCAAGCCAAGCUGAUCCAUUUGACUACAACAUUGGCAUCCACUUAACAAAGUGGAAAACUUCCCAGGUACAUCCUGUUCAUGAAAAACAGAACAAAUCCAAUCCAGCGAAUUACUGCCCCAUCAGUCCACUUUCAAUCAUCAGCAAAGUGAUAGAAGGUGUUGUUGACAAUGCUAUCACUUACUCACCAAUAACUGGCUCUUUUGGUUCUGCCAGGACUGUUAACGCUCCAGACCCCAUUAUAGCCUUGCUUCAAACAUGGAAAAAGAGCUGAAUUCCAGAGAUGAGGCAAGAGUGGCUGCUUUUGACAUCAAGAGACUAUUUGACCGAGUGUGGCACCAAGGAGCCAUAGCAAAAUUGAAGUCAAUGAGAGUAAGGGGGAAUACUCUCCAUGAGCUGGAGUCAUACCUAGCACAAAGGAAGAUGGUUGUGAUUGUUGGAGGCCAGUGAUCUCAGCCCAGGAACGUUGCUGCCGUGGUUCCUCAGGGUAUGUCCUAGGCCCAACCAUCUUCAGCUGCCUCAUCCUUCCCUCCAUCAAAAUGUCUAAAUUUGCUGAUUAUUGUGCACUAUUCAAUUCUAUUUGCAACCCCUCAGAUAAUAAAGCAAUCAAUGCCCGCAUGUAACCUUGCCACAAGUGCCAGGCAAUGACUAUCUCCAACAAGAGAAUAUCUAACCACCUCCCUUUGAUAUUCCACAGCAUUACCAUUAUCAUUCUGGGGGUUAUCAUUGACUAGAAACUUAACUGGGCCAGUUACAUAAUGUGACUAAAAGGGCAGGUCAGAGGCUGGGAAAUCUGUGGUGAGUAACUCACCCACUGACUCCCCAAAACCUGUCCACCAUCAAAAAGGCACAAGCCUGGAGAGUGAUGGAGUACUCUCCACUUGUGUGGGUGACAGCAGCUCCAACAACACCAAAGAAGCUCAACAAAAUCCAAUACUUGAUUUGCACCUCAUCCACCACCUUAAACAUUCACUCCCUCUACCACCAAUGGUUGCAGUGUGUACCAUCUACAAGACCAUCCAAAGCAACUGGCAAAGACUUCUUCCACAACAUCUAAACCCAUGACCUCUACCACCUAGAGGAACAAGAGAAGCACAUGCAUGGGAACACCACCACCAAGUUCCCAGCCUAGUCACACGCCAUCCUGACUUGGAAAUUCAUUGCUAUUUCUUCAGCAUCGCUGGAUCAAAAUCUUGGAACUUCCUACCUAACAGCACUUUUUAAGCACCUUCACCAAUUGGACUCAGUUCAAGGUGGCACUUCACCACCACCUUCUAAAGGGCAAUUAGGGAUGGGCAACAAAUGCUGGCCUAGCCAUAUUCCAUGAAUGAUUUUUAAAAACGAUGUGUUUGUUUGUGCAUAUGCAAUUGGAUUUGACAACAUUCAAGAUAAAUCACCAUUUUUACAAAA